CAGCGACAGCCCAACCCUGCUAAAGAGCACUAGGAUUUGCUUAAACCCUAAUUUUUGUUGAUUAGAUCAAAACCCUAAAACCCUAGACUUGCUUUGCUUUCAGCUAGAACUUUUCUCGUCUACGAAAAAGAAUUCUUUCGAAAAAUUUUGAAUAAAUUUCUAACUGCAGAAAUGUUCAAAUUAGUGAGGUUCAAGCAAAAAUCGAGCCUCCGGCGCUUUUCGACGGCGAUUAACCGCCGUCAUAUCGAGGACGAAGGCGAUUGGUUUUACUCCUCAGAGUGGUGGGGCGGUGACCCCUCUAAUAGCCAAACAGUUUUUCGAGAAACUUCCCACAGUGGAAACGGUGUCGUAUCUGUUCUUGCUCACCCUUGUUCCAAACCAGAUAGAUUUUACUGGGCAAGAACAGAAAAAUGGCUUCAACAGAGGUAUGCAGAGAUAUGUCCAGGUCUUAAACAUGAUGGCAAAUUCCGAGUUAGUGGUUAUGAAUGGAGAACACUUCAUUUUAAUGACUAUACUCGUGAAAGCACCGUUAAAAUAUUGGCUGCAUAUAGGGAAGAAGAACCUGGAACUUUGUGCUUUAUGCAGCAGGCACAUUGUCUGGCUGUACCAUAUGUGAAGAGUAUGGUAUCUGCUGGAUUGGCAACCAUCUCAUCAAGUAAUUAUGAUCUCGUCAAGAAUGCUGUAGAUGGGAAGCAAACUAUGAAUAUUUUAUGCAUAGGUCAUGGUGGAGGGAGCAUACCCUUGUUUUUGGCUAGUAAAAUUCGAGGUGCGGUGGUUCACAUAGUCGAAAUUGACCCUAUUGUAAUCUCAGCUUCAAUUCAAGCCAUGGGGUUUCCUGCUUUCUCAGUUAUGACACCAUCCAGCAAGCGUGCUUGUCCAAAACUAUCUCCUAUUGAUGAGGUGUUGUGGAAAGGCACUCAUGAAAGACUAUUCUUAUUUAAUUCAGAUGCAGAGAAGUUCAUUUUAGAGAGCACCAAUGUCUAUGACCUCAUAUUUAUCGAUGCCUAUGAUGGGGAAGACAUCUUCCCGCACAAGUUGUGGGAACCCUGUUCUCCAUUUGUGCAAGCUCUGGGGAACCGACUUCAUCCGGAUCAUGGAGCAGUUGUGGUGAACCUGCAUGCAGAUGUUGACUUGGUUGUUGACACACCAAAUCCACCUGUUUUCUCCUUUUUGCCGAUGGGAAAGCAUGUCUCUCAGGACCUUGAGUCUUCGACAGCUACAAUCAUCAAUAUAUGAAGAUGCUUGGUGAAUAACAUAUCAUAUGGAAGAUUGUGAUUAUCAAGCGCCCCUUGUCCAACACAGCUGCAGAAUGGACAAUUCAAUUUAAUUGAGGAAAAGGCUUUCCAAUAAUUUCAGGUAUCUCUGAUGAUGGUGAGUUCUGUUAAUUAUUUUUUGUUGAAGUGAAAAAUGGAAGAAGUUUUACCAAUCUUGUAGUUCAUUGACGUAUAGAAUGGUAGGACACAGAUGGCAAGAACUCUCUUUCAAGAGAUUGGGGCACUGAUAAACAGCUUCAGGAUGCUAUUUGAUCAAUUUCCACAAGACCCAUUUGUUAAUUGUACCUAUAUCUAUGAUGUCUCACUAAACUAAAAGCUAAACACAAACAACAUAAAACCAAACAAAUACGCAUAGAGAGAGAGAAGGGCUUUUCCUUGAAAGCAUAAAAGCUUUGAAGAAACAAAAGAAGAUAUUUCAGACAAAAGAAGAAAACAGACAAGAAAGGUCACAUGGCAAAUGGGACAAGAACGCUAAAACAGCUUGGUACUUGCCAUCCUCUCAUUUUCUCCACAAGCCAUUACAUUCUUGUGUUCUUUUAACAAGUGACCUUAACUUCAUCCUUAGUUGAUGGCAACAAAAUUUCUAUAGCAACAUUUUCUUGCCAACAAGAGUUCUCAUCCCUAUCUCAUCUUCACUGCCACUGAAAAAUAU